AUGGCGUCUUUGUCUCCGUUCACUUCAUGGCAAAGCGCGUUACUUCAUACGCAAGAAGCUUGGACAGCAUUGCAACCGAAGCUCCUCCCAUACGCGAAGUCGAACGCGCUGACUGUGGCUCUGCAGAUCCUGCUCGUCCUCAUCGCACUCACGUGGCUGGCGAGUGUCUUGACACGCAACUACUCGUUCACUGACCGUCUUUGGUCUAUCACUCCACCGAUGUUCGCCUGGCACUUUGCCUUUCACGCGUACCUAAAAGACGGUGGCGUUUGGGAUCAGCGACUGCUGCUGAUGGCGGGUUUGACGACGUCGAGGGGCUGCAGACUCACGUUUAAUUUCUGGCGCAAAGGGGGUUACAAACUUAGCGAGGAGGACUAUCGUUGGGCUGUGGUGCGGCAGUACAUGCACUGGACUCUGUUCGAAGUACUGAAUCUUACGUUCAUCGCCGGAUAUCAGCACCUGCUGCUGUUGCUGCUGGCUGUGCCUUCGUAUGUCGUGUAUUUCCACCGCCACGAGGAGUUGAACGAGAUGGAUGCUGUCGCGACUGUGGCAUUCCUCUUGUUACUCGUGCUUGAGACCGUGGCUGACCAACAGCAGUGGACCUUUUACAGCAUUAAAUACGAGCUGAUCGCACAGAAGAAGCAGCUUACUGGAGACUAUAAGGCCGGCUUCAACCGCAGUGGUCUCUUCCGCUACAGUCGUCACCCGAAUUUCUUCGGCGAGAUGUCGCUGUGGUGGGCAUUCUACCUCUUUAGCGUUGCAGCAUCAAAGCAGGCGUUCAAUCCGGCAAGCUUGGGCACGAUCUUGCUGGCGUUGCUGUUUCAGGGAUCCGCACCAUUUACGGAGUACAUCACGGCGUCAAAAUAUCCGCUGUACAAGCAGUACCAGCGUCGGGUGCCGAUGUUUACUCCUUGGCUCCCGUCGACUGUACCAAGCUCUGACAUCCACCUGGAGUAG